AUGGACACUGAUCUUCACCAAAUAAUUCAAUCUAAUCAGAGCUUAUUAGAGGAACAUUCUCAGUACUUCUUGUAUCAGAUACUUCGAGGGUUAAAGUACAUACAUUCUGCCAAUGUGAUCCAUAGGGAUUUGAAGCCCAGCAAUCUGUUGUUGAAUGCUAGUUGUGAUCUUAAGAUUUGUGAUUUUGGCCUUGCUCGACCUGCCGUAGAGAAUGAGUUCAUGACAGAAUAUGUUGUGAACAGAUGGAAACCUUUGUUUGCUGGAAACGAUCACGUGCAUCAAAUGCACUUAUUGAUAGAGCUUCUGGGAACGCCUACUGACGAUGACCUUGAUUUCACCCGAAAUGAGGAUGCAAGAAAAUACAUCCGGCAACUUUCUCGACAUCCUCGCCAGCCUUUAGCAAAGGUCUUCCCUCGUGUAAAUCCGUUGGCCAUUGAUCUAAUCGAUAAAAUGUUGACAAUCAAUCCCAUGAAGAGAAUUACAGUGGAAGAAGCUUUGGAGCAUCCUUAUCUUGAAAGAUUACAUGAUACAGCUGAUGAGCCAGUAUGCCUCAAGCCAUUCUCCUUUGAUUUUGAGCAGCAAAUUUUGUCUGAAGAGCAAAUUAAGGAUAUGAUUUACCAGGAGGCCUUGACACUAAAUCCUGAGAUAUGA